AUGGACUCAAAUGCAACUGAAAGAUUCGUUCCAGAAUACCGUCGUACAAAUUUCAAAAACAAGUCACGUUUCCAAAGCGAUGAAUUAAGAAGAAGAAGAGAAACUCAUCAAGUUGACUUGAGGAAACAGAAAAGAGAAGAAGUAUUGGCCAAAAGAAGAAACUUCCACCAUGAAGCCAACGAUUCAGAAGACGAAGAGGAUUUCAACCAGAAUGUUAAUAACGACGAAAGCCAAUUUUACAACAGUUUAAAACAAGAUUUACCCAAAAUGAUUGAAAUGAUCCAGGCUCCUGAUUUUGAAUCUCAAUUGGCAGCAACAGUGAAAUUUCGUCAAAUAUUGUCUAGAGAACACAACCCACCUAUUGAUCUUGUUAUUCAGCUGGGGGUUAUACCAACUUUGGUGGAAUUUAUGAAGGAUGAUCAUCCAGAUAUGUUGCAAUUGGAAGCAGCUUGGGCUUUGACCAACAUUGCUUCAGGAAACUCCCACCAAACUAGAGUCGUUGUUGAGGCCAAUGCUGUUCCUUUAUUUGUCCAAUUGUUGUACUCUCAAAGUCUUGAGGUUAAAGAGCAAGCAAUUUGGGCCUUGGGUAAUGUUGCUGGUGACUCAGCUGAUAAUAGAGAUUAUGUCUUGAGUUGCGGUGCUAUGGAGCCUGUAUUGAACUUGUUCAACUCCACCAAAAUGUCAUUGAUCAGAACAGCUACAUGGACAUUAUCAAACUUGUGUAGAGGUAAAGCACCACAACCAGAUUGGAAUAUUGUAUCACAAGCUAUUCCAACCUUGGCUAAAUUAAUUUAUUCAGUUGAUUCCGAGACUUUGGUUGAUGCUUGUUGGGCAGUAUCAUACUUGUCAGACGGAAUUUCUGAGACAAUCCAAGCUGUUGUUGAUGCAAGAAUUCCUCAUCGUCUUGUUGAAUUGUUGGGACAUGAGUCCACUUUGGUCCAAACACCAUCUUUAAGAGCGAUUGGUAACAUAGUCACAGGAACUGAUUACCAAACACAGAUUGUCAUCAAUGCCGGUGUAUUGCCGGCCUUGGCACCAUUAUUAAACUCGCCAAAAGAGACAAUUCGAAAGGAAGCUUGUUGGACAAUUUCAAAUAUCACUGCUGGUACGCCUGAACAAAUCCAAGCUGUUAUAGACUCAAACUUGAUACCACAAGUGAUUAGGUUAUUAAUCAACGGAGACUACAAAACUAAAAAGGAAGCCUGCUGGGCUAUUUCGAAUGCGUCAUCAGGAGGCAUGAACAAGCCAGAUAUAAUCCGUUAUUUAGUAAGUCAAGGAUGUAUUAAACCACUUUGUGAUUUAUUAUCAGUUGCCGAUGCCAAAAUUAUUGAAGUCACAUUAGAUUCAUUAGAGAAUAUCUUGAAGAUGGGUGAAAUGGACAAAGAAGCAAGAGGAACUGGAGUUAAUGAAAAUGCCCUCUUUAUUGAAGAAGCAGGUGGUAUGGAAAAGAUCUUCGAAUGCCAAAACAAUGCCAAUGAAAAGAUUUAUCAAAAAGCCUACAACAUCAUUGAGAAGUAUUUCAGUGAUGAAGAAGAUGAAAACAUCGAUGAUGAAAAUAUAGUGCCAGAAGCCUAUGGUAAUUCAUUUGGUUUUGGAAUUGACAAUUCAAAUCAACAACAAAAUUUCCAAUUCUAA